UUUGCAUGCAUGGGCACCACCGAGCCUCGGCCGCAGCUGCGGCUGCCGUGCCUCGAGGCGAGGUCGGGAACGACGGGAGCACCAAUGUGCACGUGAAGGGCGGCGGUGGCAGGAACGCGUGCGAGGGGGUUAAUAAUAGCAGCAGCAGCGGCGGCAAUGGCAACGGCAACGGCAACGGCAGCUCGGAAUACAAUGAGAGUGGCGACACGGGUAGGAAUAUGGCGGGGAGUGGCCAUGAUGGGAGCGGCGGGAGGAGUGGGAGUGGGGGAGGGAGCGGAGGGCGGAGUGGGCAAGGUUCGGGGGGAGGGGGGAGCGGGCAGGGCAGUGCCGGGGGCAGCGGAGGGGGAAGGGGAAGCGGGGGCAGUGGGGGCAGUGGGGGGAGUAAACGCGGGGAUGCCAGCGCGAAUGGGGCGCAUGAGUGGAGCAGAACGGGGGGAGGGACGGGCGGCGGGGGGAUUCAGGCGCUGCUGUCGUGCGCCAAUGGCAGUGCGGUAGGCUCCAAGGACCAAGCCCACGACACGGCAGGCAUGCCUGGUAAGGGGGGGUGGUUCCAGUCCAGUCAAAAGGGGAAUGGGGGGGGGGGGAGCGGAGGAGAGGGGCGUACAGGCGCGGGGAAUGGGGUUGAGGGGAUGGGGAGUGGGGGAGAAGGGGGAACGGGAGGCAGGGGAGGGGAAGGGAGCGGGGGGGAUGGUGGGGGGAGUGGGGGAGGAGGGGGGUCAGGGAGGGGGAGUGGAGGCGGGGAGGGGAGUGGCGGCGAGGGGAGCGGAGGGGAGGGGGGGACGGGGGGACAGGCAAUAGGGAUGGGAGGGGGGGGAGUGGAGGAAGGGAGGAGGCAGUCAGGGGGGCAGUCGGUGAGGCGAGAGGGGAACGCCAUGGGAGGUGAUGGGGGAGAGGGAGGUAGGGAUGGUAAUGCGGCCGCCGUUGGUGCGGCUCCUACCCCGCUCCCUGCUCCUGCUGUUCGUGGUGCUGGUGCUGGUGCUGGUGCUGCUGUUCCUGGCUCUUCUGCUGCCGCUGCCGGUGCUGCUGGGAGUGGGUUGGAGGGGGCGCGGGACAGAGGGAGGGGAGGCGCGUCAGAGGCAACGGAAGCACUGGAGGUUGCAGCCAGGGAUCUGAGAGGCGAAAGGGCAGAGGGCCAAGAGGGCAGCUAUUUCAACAAUCCUGGUGCGGCUGGUGCUGCGGCUGGUGCUGUGCAACUGGUGGGGCGAAAGCGAGGCAGAGAGGAGGCAGGGGGUGAUGAGGUGGUGGUAAUGGAGAGAAGAGAAGCGAAGGAGGGGAGAACGGGAGGCGAGGGAGAAGGCAAGGGCAGCAGAGAGCGGGCGUGGCUCGCUGAGGAGAUAGGCGCGGAGGGGGAUGAGCAGCGGCAGCUGCAGCAGAAGCAGCAGCGAGGCCAGGCGAAUAAGGAGGAGGAGCAGGAGGUGGAGCAGGAGGAGGAGGAUUGUGUGGAUGUGCACAUGAGGGACGGUGGUGAGGGGCAGCAGGAGGAGGAAGGCGAUGAGGAGGGGGAGGAGGAGGGGGGAGAGAGGAGGGCCUUGGGUGGCGAUGGUGAGCGGUGUGAAGGGAGGAGGGACGAGGCGGGGCAAGAAGAGGGCGCAGCAGGGCUGCUGUCGCUGUCAGCCUCGCUCGCUGCACCUGCCAUUCCUUCCACUGCACCUGCUGCUGUUGCUGCUAGUGCCGUUGCGCUGGCUGGAGCAGAGGCAGCAGGAGCGGGGGCAGCAGAACGGGCAACUGCAGGGGGGGGAGAACACGCAGUGAGCGGGGCGGAAGGGGCGGAAGGUGCUGGUGGUGCCGAGGGGGCUGGGGGGCCGAUGAGUCGGCAGGCGGUGCGGGAGGCGGCGCUCAACAAGUUUCGGCUCAAGCGCAAGGAGAGGAACUUCGAAAAGAAGGUGCGGUACCAGAGUCGCAAGCGCCUGGCGGAGCAGCGGCCACGCUUCAGAGGGCAGUUCGUUCGCCAACCCGCCCUUCCUCCCGCUCCUCCUGCUCCUCCCGCUCCUCCUACCUCUGUGCAGCAGCACCUGCCUCGGCCACCUCCGCUCUCAGCCCGUGCCCAUGGGGGGAGUCCUGGCUGCCCGCCCUGUGCUGUGCAGCUGCCAGUGAUGGCCGUGCAAGGCUUGGGGGAAAAUCAGGUCCCAGAGCUCAUGGCAGCACAUGCUGGAGGCCACCACGUUGGCAGGACCAUGCAGCUCUUCCCAACUGCCCCAUGCCCGGCUGCCGCAGCCGCUGCUCCUCUUUCGCCCGCUGCACUGCCCUGUGUGCUGAGCAGCCAUGCGCAAGAAAGGGUAUUUAUCAGCCACAGCAACGGCAUCAGCAUCGGCAGUUUUGGGGCCAGCGGCAGUGCGAGUGGAAGCGGAAGUGCGAGUGCGAGCGGGCGGGUACCCGAGAGCAGCUACAGUGCAGCAGUGGCGGAUAUGAGCUAUGGUGCAGCCGUUGCUGAUAUCAACGGCCCAGAUUCCUCUGCUGGCGUGCCUGCUGCUGUGGCUGGCUUCCUUGCUGCUGCUCCUGCUGCUUCUCCCGCUGCUGCUGCUGCUGGGGGGGGGGGUGAUGGGGGCUUGGGGAAGAGUGUCUGGGGGGAGAGAGGAGAGAGUAGAGAGGGGAAUGGUGCAACGAAGUGGCCUGAGAGAUGAGAUGCUGACACCUUUUAACUAUGAUGGGCUGACACCUAGAGGGUUGGGAGGAUGACACAUGGACAGCUGACAUGCUGACAUGUGGAGGGAUGAGAGGCUGACACCGGGACUGAGAUGCGAGUGAGAAUCUGCUUUUAUCAUGGACUGGAUUGGUAGUGGGAGGGAUAGAAUGGCUUUGCAGCAUGGCUAGCAUGUGAUAGCAGUGCCUUGCUAUCCGUUUUUUGGGCUAGGCAAGCCCUUUGAACUACACGAUGACGAGUUGACGAGGACAAUGGAGGAUGCGAGGGGAUACUGAAGUGUCACGGGUUUCAAGGAGGUGCGUUUUGGAGGGUCUAAGGUCCUCAGCAUGCCUUUCUGUAGAUAUGUGCCCUAGUGAGCUGCAGCCUGCAGGCCCCUCUGAUAUCCCUGCUCUUUGUGAAUCAACAUUAGGUGAUGUAGGCGUGCGUAAAGGAAUGCAUGUAAUU